CACAUGAAAAAAAACCCUCCAACUGUUAAUUUUGCAGUCCAAUGGUUUUCAGGUGAUUUACAGUAGAAGAUAUAAGGAGCACUGACAGAACCAACAAUGGAUACGUAUAUGGGAAAGGAGAGGAAAUACUCAGCCAUAGAAAUACCACCGGUAGAGUUUUGGACUAUGCUACCAAAUUCUCUGACAGGUCGAAAUGAGUUCACAGAUUACAAAGAAAGGAAAGCACAGCUAAGGAUGGAAUUGGCAAACCUAAAGAAAAAGACAAAUGACCUUGAGAAAAGCAUCAGGCCACUGGAAACAGAAGUGAAAUGCAAUCAACAUUUCUGUGAGAGAGAACUUAACCACAUGAGGAAGUUCAUCACACGAAUUGAAAGAAAACCCAUUGAUGCAAAAAACCUAUUUGAAAAUGCCAUCAAGUCCAAAGAGGAGAGCAGUUUUGCACUAGUGAAGUGUUUGGAGGAUGUGAUGGCUGCGAAGAGUGAAUAUGAUAAGGUUGAGAAUAUCCUCAACAGACAUAAGUGUUACGCAAACGUAUUGUUCAAUCUUGCACCUCAAGAGUGGCAGGAAGCCAAGGAAGCUGAAAUAUUGAAAGCUAAAGAAGCUCGGACGGGACAAAGCUCUGAGCCCAAAGAAACUGCAGUCAGAAAAAGUGUGGGAGCAGCUCCAACAUCCAGUUCAAAUAAACCCCCCCCUUCGAAGUCCAAGUUUCCCAUGUCACGGAAAGACUCACAAACAACAGAUUCAGCUGAUGUCAGCGACGGUGACGAGAGGAUAGUCGAGAUCUACUUCUCUGAUCCUUUUGAGGUUGUGGUUUUACCAUCGGAGUUAACUGACCAGAUCCUUUCUCUGAUAGAGAACGCCACUGAAAUGGAUAAAAUACUGGAGCAGACCUUGGAAACCACCAAACUUAAAAUGGAAGAGGAUGAGAAGAAACUAUCACUACAAGAAAGCAACUUGGAGAGCAGAAUUGAAAUGGAAAAGAAGAGAGCUGUCGUGCUCAGAAAGCAGGUUCAGCUCCACAACUCAUUAGAAACAAAAGACGAGGAUAUAAUGUUAGACGCUCUGGGUAAGAAGGUAACAGAAGUUUACCUUUGCUGCUUCGAGAGCCGCAUUGCCAAUCAAGCAACUUUGGAAAAGCUUUGCUGUGUUGAGCACCGUAUGAACCUCUUGCUCCAGCAAAUUGAGAAAAUCCCUAGAGAUAUGUUUGAGACACUCUGGGAAAUCAAGGAUGGAGAGAGGAGAACAAGGGCGCAUGAGGAAAAGCUCCGGGAGGAGAGGGAGAAGCAGCAAAUAAAGAUGUCCAAGUGCAUGAAACGAGCUUCGGGAGAGAGCAAGAAAGUUUAUGGAAGAAAGAUCAUGCAAAGAUGGAUUCAGGUCCAAAAGAAGGCGCAAGUUACCGACGCUCCUGCUCCUCUGGAGGAAGUAGACCCACUAGCUGAGCUCUAUACCGACUGUGAUUAAAGAUUAAAAACUUG